GAAUAGUAUAUAUGAAUUUAAAAGCGUUAAGUUGCAAUAAUCUUUCUUGUAGUUAAUAAUCUUUAUCUAUCGACAAAACUCAAUCGAUAUAAUGAAACAAAUCAAGUUCCGUUUCUAUGUGAUCAAUAAGAAAACCGAAGGUACAGUUCAUCUGAAUGUUGAUGAACAACCAUUUGUAUCAUAUGACGUUCAAAUAAAACUAGUAGAAAUCUUCGUUCAUAAAUUGUCAUUUCACGUCUCACGAUAGAUAGACUUCUAUUAAAAUAAUAAAAUUCUAAAUGUGUAAAAAUGGAAAUUCUGACUUCCGAUCAAAACAGGUAAUGACAGAUAAUUUUCAACUAAUCAGAAUACAACAAUCCACUAUUGACAGCUAAUUGACGAAUUUUAUAAAAGUAACGCAAAAUAUGUUCCUAAUUACCUGAGCAGAUAUUUUGAAGUACAAAUUAACGAAUCAAUUAUUUAUUGUUAUGCCUCUAAAUUUUCAUCAACAAGCAUCAAGACUCACAAUAGCCAUGGUGAUAACGUCAGUCUAAGAUUGACAUAAAAAAUGAUAAAAAAUUCCAUAUCCAAUCCAAACUUAAUUCUUUCCAUAGAAUUCAACUAAUCAAAUCUCAUAUGGAAAUGUUUUGUCACCAAUUAAAUAAUUUUUUUGAGUGAUUAAAAUGUUUGGUCAUGUACAGGUUGUUGACAUAUUUCAGUUACACUUAAACCAAUCACUAUUUCUCUAAUAUUAUUAUGUUUAUAGCUUGAAAAUUAUACUUUCAGAUAGAAAUAGUUACAUAUGUGAAGAACAAAUUAAGAGAUAUUAGUCUCAUAUUCAAUUAUUUGCAUACCAUAGUAACUUGGAAAUGAAUUUCAUAAGAAACAAUACCAAUUAUUCUUAUGUAUUGCAAGAACAUACAACCAUUUCAACUUGCGUUUUCAUUUCAAAUGAUACAAGUUGGAUAAUUACAAAUAAUAUUUUAACAAGUUGUUUAACAUUAGCUACAGUCAUUAUAUUUUUAGGUAAUCUUUUUAUUAUAUUAUGGAUAGCAACUAGAAAUAGACUUAAAAGAACAUGUGAUCGAUAUAUAGCUUCUUUAGCAUUAGCUGAUUUUCUUGUAUCGGUUUUCGUUUUACCAUUUGCAAUUAUACGUCAAAAUCUUGGUUAUUGGCCAUUUGAAUCAACAUUGUUAUGUCAAUUUCAUAUAUCCUCUGGUAUAUUCUUGUGUAUGUCUUCUAUACUGAAUUUAUGUUGUAUAUCAAUAGACCGAUAUAUUGCAAUUAGUUAUCCAUUCCAAUAUAUUACAAAACAAUCUCGCCCAUUAUCAAUUAUAAUGAUACUUAUAGCAUGGAUUAUACCAAGCUUUUCUAUAUUACCACCUAUACUUGGAAUGAGUAAACAUGUAACUGGAGUAGGUUGUUGUUAUAUAAGUUAUAGUAAAGAGUAUAGAAUCUAUUCAUCAGUAUUAGCAUACUUUCUUCCUAUAAUUUUGAUUGCAUAUGUGCAUUUAAGAAUAUUUUAUAUCAUUAGAAGACGUUCAAAAGUAUUCAAUCCAUUCAAUAUUGAUUCAAGGAAACAAGAAAGGUGGACUAAUUACUCUAGUUUGAUACCAUUACUCAAUUGUGUAAAAGUAUCACAUCAAUUAAAAGUCACUGAUCAUUUUUCAAAACGGUUUAUACAAAGAAAUAAAAAACUUGAGAAUGAUAUAUCAUUACCUCAUUUCAAUGAUAUUCACAAUAACAAUAUCGAUGUUACAGAUACGUUCUCUUAUACAUACCAGUAUACAAAUGAUUGUGUUUAUAGUAAGGAUAUUUAUCAUAGAAAUAAAAUAAAUUUUCAUUUUGAUACAUCUAAUGAAUUAGAAAUUAAUAAACCAGAACCUGUUGAUGAGAACUUGAAAACUUUGUAUACAUUUCAUAUACCUAUAAGAGAACAUGAUGCAAUUGAUGAAUCUUAUUUAGACGAAAGUUUAUUGAAUAAACAUAAUUCGUCAAGUAAUGGAUGUUUCAAUGGAAUGAUUUCAAAAUAUCAAUAUUUAUAUAAACAUAGAAAUAGAUCAUCAUUACAUAAUAAAUCUGUUUGUGAAAGAAAACCUGAGAGGACUGUAAAAACACAACGUCAAUUGUGUGAAAAAGUUAUAUUUAAUAAAGAACAGAAAGCUGUUCGAACUGUUACUAUAGUUAUAGGAUGUUUUAUUGUAUGUUGGACACCGUUUUUUAUUUUUUACUUAAGUGAAGCAUUAUGUGAUUGUACAUUCUCAGAGGAAUUAUAUACCAUAGUUACUUGGUUAGGUUAUUUUAAUAGUAUUUUUAACCCAUUUAUUUAUGGAUUUUACAAUAAAGAAUGUGUUAAUGCAUUUAAGCAUAUUGUACUUUUGAAAGGAUGUAGAUAGUCUUCAUGUACAUACGUAUUUUGUUCAAUAUAUUAUCAAAGCAGAAACAUUUCACUUUGAAAUGGAUCAAAACAGAAGUAAACUUGAAUGAAUAUUCACUAAGAAGUAAUCACUAUGAUGUUCUCUUAUUGUUUGUGAGUGAUUUACAUCUAUCAUGUUGGAAUGUGGGGACUAGUUUAAAUGAUUCAACUUUAUGUACAUCAUCAUCAGAUGUUGGUUCAGUGUUUUUAGUCUACUGCUUUCAACCUCCUAACAACAGAAGCAGAUUAUUUAUACCAAUCAAUUUUAUUUGUCAAUCAUAGAACUUGUGUGGUUUGAGUUACUUGUAUCCACACAAGCAGUGUAUAACGAUGCUCGGGCAUUGAAUGUAUUUCAUUAGUAGAUGAAUGUGGAAAAAAUGGGACGAAACGCGACUGGUAUGAAAAUGCAUGAACAAUAAUAAUCGGUGAUGAUGAACUGAUAUUUGCAGAAGGAACGGUCAAGAUUAAGAUGAUUGAUUAAUAGUUUGCAAAUUGACUAUAUACUAUAUGGUUCUCAUAUUUCACUGAGAUAUUCUGUAAUUUUGUGCUCAAAUACAUUCGACUGUCCCCGUU